GACCCAACCGGCAUACCUCUCUCGAGCAACCACAACAGUCGACAAAAAUGGGGCGUCUCACCGAGUACCAGGUCAUCGGGCGUCAUCUGCCCACCGAGGCUAACCCCACGCCCAAGCUUUACCGCAUGCGCAUCUUUGCGCCUAACACUGUCGUGGCCAAGUCCCGGUUCUGGUACUUCUUGACCCAGCUCCGUAAGGUCAAGAAGGCCAACGGUGAGAUCGUCAGCCUCAAUGUCAUCUCCGAGAAGCGCCCUUUGAAGGUCAAGAACUUCGGUAUCUGGAUCCGCUACGACUCUCGCUCCGGUACCCACAACAUGUACAAGGAGUUCCGUGAGAUGAGCCGUACCGAGGCCGUUGAGGCUCUCUACCAGGACAUGGCUGCUCGUCACCGUGCCCGCUUCGGCUCCAUCCACAUCCUCAAGGUUGUUGAGAUCGACAACGCCGACUCCAUCCGCCGCCCCUACAUCAAGCAGCUCCUCCAGAAGAACCUCAAGUUCCCUCUGCCUCACCGUGCCGCCAAGCCCGCUGGCAAGAAGCUGUUCGCCUACUCUCGUCCUUCUACUUUCGCUUAAAUGUGAAAUUUUGGGUGUUGGGGGAAGGAGUGUGGAUGAAAUGACUAUGUUAUGGCCAUAGCAUGCAUGUAGGACAGAGCACGCAGAGAACAUAGCGUGUAUCUACAACCCAGAUAAUGGGAGAAAUGGUUUUGAUGUCUCACUAGUCCUCUGCAGCGACCUUUCUAGUUAAAUCUCUUAAAAUACCGGGUUUGUCUUCUGAAUUUUAUGGGUUCUCUACGAGGUGAAAGAAGUAAUAU